AUGAACCCUCUCACCAUCACCUGUCUCCUGUGCUUCGUAGGCUCCGGUGCUGUAGGUGCUCAGGGAUCUGAGGCCACGUUCUCCGGUGAACUGGCCGGAGUGACCGGGGGUCCGGCCUCCGGGGAGGUCCUCCAGAUUUCACUGGGUGACGAUGACGAGCUGGAACUAGACGAGGAGGUUUCGGGAGGGGACAACGAAAAUUUCAGCCUUGUUGUGUUACAUCCCAGUAAAGAUGAGAAGAAGAAAAGGAAAGGCCAAGGCAAGAAGAGGAACAAGCACAAGAGCAAAAGCACGACUCCUCUCAACCCUGAACACACGUUCUACGCCAACGGAUACACGUCGACCCUCGGCACCACAGAGGAUCCCUGCACCUCCACCCACGUGGACUACUGCAUCCACGGUUACUGCAAGUACAUAGAGGGCCUGCAGGAGCCAGUGUGCAUAUGUAUGAAGGGUUACGACGGGGGUCGCUGUGGGAUCCAGUCUCUUGGGGCGACUGGGUCGGAUCAGAUCAGCAAUACCGAGAUAGUGCAGACGGUCUUAGUGAUCAUCGCUGUGGUCCUGUCGGUCAUCAGCUGCACCGCCAUCUUGCUCAUGACUUGCGCUCAUUACAGAUCACAUAAAAACUUCCUGGCAUCCUACCUGGGAACUGGGACUGAGCAAGAGAAGCUACAGAAACCCAUCGGGGACGUUGUGGUAUGAGGGUGUCAAGUUACGAGCCAGCUGCGCGACUCAAAGACGAAGUGGACAAGAGGAGUCUGAGGACCCGAGAAAGCAGUAG